AUGCAAGCCUGGCUAGCAAGUACCGAAGCUGUCAGAGCACCAGCAGAGGCCCCGUACAGCUUCGUCGCCCCUUUAACAAGGAUGGCCGAGAGCGAGGUAGACACGCCGAGCACACCGAUUGAGUUCGAGAGUAAAUAUUUCGAGUUUCAUGGAGUCCGGCUGCCGCCCUUCUGCAGGGGAAAAAUGGAUGACAUUGCCAAUUUCUCCCUCAGAAGCAGCGACAUAUGGAUUGUCACGUACCCUAAAUCAGAUAAGCAGAUGAAGAUGCCCCUGCAGAGUUGCCUGAAUGCGUCGGUCAUGGUUUUAGCUGCAGCUCUGACCCACAUUCAGAAUCCAACCGGGAGGCAGAUGAAACGGAAAAAAACUGUGUCCGAGCCGCACAAGGUGUCCGACUGGGUGGCUGGAGAAGUCCCUCCCUCGUCGCUGGAGGAGCCUCUGGCUUUCCUGGCCACCAGGGCGCUAUCCAGGCCGCGUUGCUCCCACGGCGGCUACGUCAGGGGAACCACUGGCUGUCCGGAAAACAGGGCGCUAACCUGA